UCAAUUUAUUUAUUGUAAUAAGUAAUGAAUAUUAAAUCAAAAAUAAAAGAAAAAUUAGUAAUAGUGUCUACAAUUAAUAUUAGUAUAAUUAAUAUUUACUUAAAUAAAAAUAUUAUUUUAAUAUUUGUCUCUAAUUUCUACUAGUAUCAAUUUGAUAAAUGUUUUACAGUUUUAGAUAGGCCAGUGCCAAAUUCAAUUUAGAUCUCCUCAAAAAAUUCAAUUAAAUUUAAUGCUCCUAUCCUCUCGUGUUUCACCUCCAAGUUUCAAGUCAGAUUCAAAAUUCAACAAUUUUAAUUUCACAAGAUUGAUCUAGAAUGGCGGAAAUUUCAACCCUUACGCGCUAUUAGAUCUUCUCUCUUCCUCAAAUACAUAAACCUCAGCCCACCACCACCGCCUCCAAAUUCAAUCAAAACAUAAAUAUAAUGGCAACGAUCUACUGCUGCAGAGAGUGCGGCGCGAAUCUGAACCUCCAGCCGGCCGACCUCUUCUCGGCGGACUUCUACUUCGAGGCCGGCAACAAGAACACCCUGUCCUUCGCCGCCGUGGAUUCGUCCAAGUUCCGAUUCGAGAAGGAGGACAAGAUCCGCCCCUUUUUCGAGACGCUUAAUUAUUGGGGGAUCCAGAGGAAGCGCACCAAGAUCAAGUGCAAUAGCUGCGGGAAGCUGGUCGGCUACAUCUACGACGACGGCCCUCCGUUGACCAACGGCAUCGGCCAAUUCGGCUUCGGGCCGAGCCAGGCUAUUCCUAGAAACCCUAGGUAUAGGUUCAAGAAUAAAGCUUUGCUCGUUACUUCUCAGACUUGAUGAUUUCUCUACUGUAAAUGCCUCUUCUUUUUUCUUUUUUUUUUUUUUUUGGUAGAUUUUUUACUUUUAGUUACACGUGUGCGAUCAUAUGUACAUGCGUAUGUAAAUCUCAAGAACUGAUAUCUUUGUUCAGGUAAUUUCAAUUUAUAGUUUUAAUUUAA